AUUCCAAUUAUUCAUCAAACCAUCUUUAACAAAACACAGAAAUGGUGCAUAAAAAUCCACUGUUUCUUGUUGUUGCCGUGAUUUUCUCCACCCUGCUGGUUCACGCAGUAGUUGGAGCAAAGGCAUCGAUGAGUUUCAGUGUCGACCUUAUUCACCGUGAUUCACCAACAUCUCCCUUGUAUAAUGCUUCUCUAACCUCAUCAGAUAUCCUAAGGAAAAAUGCCCUCCAUUCAAUGGCCCGACUCAAACACUUCCACUCUUUGAUCGAUCAAAAAUCCGUCCAAUCUUCAGUGAUUCCAACUGAAGGAAACUAUCUGAUGAAACUCUCCUUUGGAACCCCGCCGGUUGAAUACUUAGCAGUUGCAGAUACCGGCAGCGACCUUAUAUGGAUACAGUGCGUUCCAUGCCCUCAAUGUUAUCCUCAAGAUUCUCCUCCUUUUAAUCCUCAAGCAUCGUCCACUUACAGAAAGCUUCCUUGUGGUUCCGACAGUUGCCAAGCUCUUCCUCGGAAACAGUGCACCGACACGAAUGAGUGUCAAUAUAGUUAUAGCUAUGGAGACAGGUCGUUUACCGUUGGAACACUCAGCACUGACACCUUGAGCUUCGACUCCUCCGAUGGUCAAAAAACAGAAUUCCCGACGACUGUUUUUGGUUGCGGGCAUAAAAAUCAAGGCAAAUUCAGUAGCCCCAGUGCUGGUCUUGUUGGCCUGGGAGGAGGGUCAUUGUCCCUGGUUUCUCAAAUAAGCACUCAAAUUGAUAACAGAUUCUCCUACUGCUUGGUUCCUCGCUCUGCAAGUUCCGGUAGUAAACUGCUCUUCGGACAAGAAGCGAUAAUAUCUCGUCCUGGAGCUGUUUCGACUCCGUUGACAACUAAAAACCCUCCGACCUUCUACUUCCUUAGUCUCGAAGGUGUUAGCAUCGGAGACGAGACCGCGAAGCCGAUUUCGAGCCAAGGGAACAUCAUAAUCGAUUCCGGAACAACACUCACGCUACUCGAAUCGAAUUUUUAUAACAGCUUGGAGAGUAUAGUGAAAAAUGCCAUCGGAGCUGAUCCGGUGCAAGAUCCUUCGGGAACAUUCAGCUUGUGCUAUGGGACAGAGACUAAUAUCAAAGUCCCGGACAUGGUGUUCCAUUUCAGUGGCGCUGACCUUCGGUUGCAACCUGUAAACACAUUUGGGAACAAUGGCGACUUGCUUUGUAUGCUGAUAGUCCCAAGUGAGUCCUUAUCUAUAUUUGGAAACUAUGCACAGAUAAAUUUCCAGGUGGAACAUGAUCUUGAGAAGAAGAAGGUCUCCUUUGCUCCGACAGAUUGUACCCAACAGUAAGUUUGUUGGAUUCGGACGAUGGUGAUCGACUUCAUCAUAUAUCAUAAAAUAACAAUCGCAAAGCUGCUUUAGGCGGUUAUUUAGAUUCAUCUCUAGCUUAUAUAGGUUUCUUGGUUAAUUGUAAGAUCAGUCCACCGGUACAAGAUGAUAUUAUGGUUUAUUUG